UAUAGAAAUUUCCUUUGGCACGUUUGGUCGCACGGUUUCGAUGUCUCCGUCGUCGUUGUCGUCGGGUCGCCGUCUAAACUCCGUGACUUUACGUUUUUGACUUUGUUUGGAGGCGCGCAUCAGAUUAGCAAAUUUUAAUAACAAAAAUAAAACAAUUUAAAAGUUAUAAAAAUGCAAAAAAUAUAACCGUAAAUAGUGAAUACAAAUAAACUGUGAAUCCUGAAUAGCAAAAUAAAAAAAUACAAAAAAACGUCAAAAGAAAGUUUAGUUCAAGAUAUAAAGAAAUGUUCAAAGUGAAAGAAAUGAACGAGUUGAACAAAAUACAUAAACAACUGUGUAAAAUAUGCUAAAGUCAAGCAAAAGACUGCAAAAGCAACAACAACAACAACAUUAAACUGAAACUAAAAUCAAAAACAAACGCAAAACCAGAAACAAACACAAACACAAAAGCAAAAGUGAGUGUGAAUAAUGUUGAGAGCGCCCACACAGCACAUCGUGGAACUUGGUUUCGGUACAGCGGCUGCCACAAGCGAAAAGAAACAGCAAAAGCAACAACAGCAACAGCAGCGCAAAAGUUUACUGCAAAAGCUUAAGCAGCAACAGCAAAAGCUACACAAGCCAUUGACAGCAGCGGCAGCGCAGCCAGCGGAAGCAGCAGAGACAAAUCAAAAGAGAGCAGCGCGGGCAGCAGCUGAUUAUUAUUUUAAGCAGCAGCAGCAGAGCGAAAAGUGUUUAUUGUUGCUGGCGAGGACAAUUACAGUUGAGCAGCAGCAGAACCAGCAGCAGCAGCAGCAGCAGAAGAAAAAGAAGGAGCAUACGAGUUACAGUUUUGCAGCUGCGUUGCGGCGAAAUAAAAAACCAAAAACAAUAACAACAAACCCAGCAGCGGCACAGGCAGCGACAGCGACAGCGACAGCAACUGACGACGAGAGCAGCAGCAAUCAAAGCUGUAGCAGCAUUAAUAGUAAUAACAAAAACAACAACAGUUUGUCUAAUAGUUGCAUUAACAACCAUAACAACAACACUCAUUAUAAAAACAGUAAAAACUGCAACAGCAACAGUAACAGCAGCAACAACAACUACAUCAGUAAUUACAAUUUCAAAACAAGUGAACAACAAGCGUGGAAAACAUCAACAAUAAUAAAAACAACAACAACAAUAACAGCAGCUCCAGCCGCACAACAACAGCUGCUCAUUAACAGCAGCAGUCGACGUAAAAGCAGCAACAAUAACAUAAACAACAACAUGUCACCCACAUCGCAGGCGCCUACACGUACAUCGCUGUUCGAUUCCUGUCAUCGCAAGAUCCGUCUGAUUGGCGGCGGUCCAGUUGCCUUCUUGGGCGGCUUAGUGGCUAAGGCGCGUCGCAAAGAGCGCGAUGGCGAUCAAAACUCAACAGACACCAAAUUGUAUUUGGAGGAGAGCGUCCUUGAACGCAAACUACCUGAAGCUGAUCUCAAAGCCCUUGUCGAUCUUCCAGCUGGCUUGGACUACAAUGAAUGGCUAGCCUCACACACUCUGGCUCUCUUCGAGCACGUGAACUUGGUCUAUGGAACUAUUAGUGAAUUUUGUACACAAUCCGGCUGCGCCGACAUGACCGGACCGGGCAACAGAACGUACUUAUGGUUCGAUGAGAAGGGUAAGAAGACGCGGGUCGCAGCACCGCAGUAUAUCGACUAUGUGAUGACCUUUACACAGAAAACGGUCAGCGACGAGUUGAUCUUUCCAACCAAAUACGCGAACGAGUUUCCCGGCUCGUUCGAGUCGAUCGCCCGAAAGAUUUUACGCUUGCAAUUUCAUGUGAUAGCGCAUCUGUAUGCGGCGCAUUUCAGAGAAAUCGCGCUGCUCGGCUUGCACACCCAUUUAAAUUUGACGUUCAUGCACCUCACAGCGCUGCAUCGCCGCUUCAAUCUGAUCGACGAGAAGGAGACGGACGUGCUGCGCGAUCUGGAGGUGGCGCUCCGAUUGACCGAUGACAACAGUGUCUGCGGUCAGGAUUCGCAAACCGAUUCCGGUUCAGCAUCCGCCUCCGCGUCUGUCUCGGUCUCUGGCUCCAAUUGUGAGCAGCAGCAGCAGCAACAGUCGCAGCUGCAACAGCAGCAGCCGCACAACAACAGCAGCAGCAACAGCAACAAUAGCAAUUCCUCGGCCGAGGCGCUGCAUGUCAAUUCACAAAGCAGCUGUGGCACAUCGCUGAUUGACGGCGACGCCGCAGCCCCGCCCAUCUGCACGCAACCGGAGCCUGGCGCAGGCGGCAAGCCGCCCGGCAGCGGCGGCCUACUGGGCGGCAUUCUGGGUGAUUUAACCAGCGGCGAAUUCGGUGAUACAACGCGCUACUGCACCUCGGCAGUUCCUCCUCAUGCAACAGCAGCAGCAGCAGCAGCGGGCACCGAUGCCAGCGGCCACGCCUCGCCGGCGAAUGGGGCAACCAAUGGUGCGGCUGGCGGUGCAUUACAUUUAAAUUUUAGCAACAAUAACAGCAACAACCACAAUUUGAAUCACUUGAACCACCAUCAUCAUCACCACACUCAUCACCAUCACCACCAUCAUCCGCACACUCAUCUGCACCACCUGCAUCAGCAUCAUGGGACGGCAGCAGCGGCGGGGCCGAUGACUGCAACGCCGACUGCACAGCAUAGCGGGCUCAUACAGUGCAAUGCAGCGGGCGCUGCAACAGCGACAGCGACGGUGGCGUCGGCAUCGGCGUCGGCAGCAGCAGGCGGCGGUGGCAGCGGCAACAGCAACACAUAGUGUGACAGCAGCAGCAGCAUCAACCACAACAACAACAACAACAAACAAACAAAAAAACAUUAGAAAUACUAGAAUUACGCAAAAAUGUUAUUUAAUGUUAUUACUUCUAUGAUCCUAAAGUUGAAAAUAUUGUAAAAAUAAAACAAACAAAAAAAUACAAAAAAAAAA